AUGCACAUUUCCCAUUUCCUUGUCAGCGAUAUUUGCCAAUUUGACGAUUUUUGGCUUAAGGUGGCCCAGUGGCUGGAUCUGAAGACUCUCAUCAGCCUGGCAUCCACUUGCGAUAUGCUAGAGGACGUCUAUCGCAGGUGCUCCAAACGGCUGUGCCGGACAAUUAACGUGGAAGACUUGGCUGAUUUCACAGAGAUCGAGACCAAGCUGUUUGUGCACCUCUCGGGAUCUGAUAUUCAGUACUUGUGCGGUGGUCCACAGACCCAAGAGUAUCCACAUUUCGCGGAAUUCAUACGCCUUAUGUCGAUCAGACCCACGAAGGUGACUGAGAUUGCCUUCACGGGAUUCUCGAUAUUGCAGUACCACUGGAUCGACUACGUGCCCAGCUAUUGCUUUAGCAUGCUGACCAGUGUUAAAUUGAUCGAUUGCCAUCUCAAGGAUGAGGGCCUCUUGCACUGGAACUUUUUGCCGCACCUCAAGUCCCUGGAUCUGCGCUACAACAAGAACCUGACCGGGUCCUUCCUCCAGUUUCUUCCAGCUUCUUUGGAGGCGCUAAAUCUCUCCGGCUGCAAGCUGCUGUGCCCAAGCCAACUCGCCAACUUGAGCCAGCUGCCAAGACUUCGCGAGCUGCGUGCCCUGGACCUGAAGGUUGGCAGCCACUGCCAUAUCUAUCGUGACCUGGUGCGCUCUUGUCCUGGGCUGGAGGGGCUCGAGCUGUCGGUGGCCUUUCCGCAAUGCGAUGAGUACCAUCUGGGUGAGCUGCGCAGUCUGCAAACCCUGCACCUGGAACCCCACUCCUCGAUCGACGUGCCCAUCGUGGUCAGCGGUUGGACCCUGAUGGCCCUCAUGGAUGUGAAGUCCCUGGAGUGUCUGAAGUUUUCGAAUGCCGUGAAUGGCUUUAUUAGCGCCCAUGGCCUGGCCAUUAUAUCGAUGUUCUGUCAACUGCGUGUUCUCUAUAUACCAAAUCAGCCGUACCAGCCACAUGUGCUAAUGAAAUUGAAGAAACUUGUUUUCCUGGAGGCGCUGGACCUGACCAAUUCCCCGUUCAUCACCGAUGAGACUGUUGUCGAGCUGGUCCUGGCACUUCCCAACCUUUCGCGCCUAAAGGUCAUGCAGUGUCCUCUACUCACCGAUCAGCUACACGCGAUCCUUGCUGGCAAGUUGGCCAAUAAGGAAAGGCCCAUGAUCAAGUUGCAGUACUAG